UCUCACUGGCUCUCACUCUCACUCGAGCAUCCUACGAAGCAACCUCACUUAAAAUUCGUUGAUAAUUUUAACCACGUUCUUUCACUUUUACAUAUUCCGUUGAAAACAAUCAGAAUGACUGAUUCAGAAAGGAUUGCCGAAGACAGCGACAUGGAGUCUAUCGAAGACGGCGACAACAACCGCGUAAGCAACAUUAUUAUGAAUCGUCCAGAUUUAUUGGCUGCUUUACAGAAUCGUUUUCAAAUUGCAAACGUUAUCCAGAACCUGCCAGCCCCAGUUAAGAGACGCGUGAAAGCCCUUAAACAGCUGCAGCUGGCCCAAGUUAACAUAGAGGCCAAAUUCUACGAGGAGGUCCAUGCUCUUGAGUGCAAGUACAACAAAAUGUGCGUCGAGCUCCAUGACAAGCGCAGCAACAUUGUUUCCGGGAUUUACGAGCCCACCGAUGAGGAAGCUGUCUGGGAGACUGACAAUGAGGAAGAUGACAUCGCUAAUGACAUCAAGGAAAAGGUCAAGAUUGAAGAGGUUAAGGACAACGAUGAGAAAGAAACCGAUAACGUGAAAGGAAUUCCUGACUUUUGGCUGACCAUUUUCAAAAAUGUCGCUAUGCUCGAUGAAAUGGUACAGGAGCAUGAUGAGGCUAUUCUAAAACAUCUUUAUGAUAUUAAAGUUAUUUUCCUUGAGUCUGAUCCAAUGGGCUUCAUCUUAGAAUUCCACUUCGAACCCAACGAAUACUUCUCAAAUUCCGUUUUAACAAAAGAGUACCUCAUGAAAUGCGCCCCUGAGAAAAACGACCCGUUCAGUUUUGAGGGCCCUGAAAUCCACAAGAGCAAGGGCUGCACCAUCGACUGGAAGAAAGGCAAGAACGUUACUGUGAAGACCAUCAAAAAGAACCAGAAGCACAAGUCACGCGGACACGUUCGCACCGUCACUAAAACUGUCCAGAAUGAUUCCUUCUUCAACUUUUUCACUCCUCCAGUUGUGCCAGAUGAUACCGAAGUCGACCUCGACGAAGAAAUGAAAGCGUUGUUGACAAGUGAUUUCGAGAUUGGACACUAUAUCAGAGAGCGCAUUGUCCCUCGCGCUGUUUUAUAUUACACAGGUAAAAAUUUUGACCUAAAAACUAUCAAAUUUUUUUAUAUAUUUACAAAAUUCUAA